CUGCCUCCAGACUGAAGGGGAAAAGACUCGUUUCUCCUCCUGGCUCCCGAUUGGCUGAGCCGGCUGAGGAGGGGGCGUGACUUGCGUCUGAGCGCUGGCACCAGUCUGCUCUGCAAGCAGUGAAAGGUGGAGAGAUUUUCACCAUCACACACUCUUUAGACUGUCACACACGCACGCACACACACACACACACACACACUCAGCGAAAGAACCGGGACACGGUGAGUCGUAACAGGACUAUGGACCUGAGCCUGCGAGAUGCUCUGGGUGGAGGUGGAGGUGGGGUGCCCGGCGGGGCCCCUGCCGAGGCCCUCCUAAAGAGAGACUUUGUUGCUACGCUGGAGAAAGAGAGCUAUGAUGACAAGGUGGGAGAGACGGUCUCCAAGAGCGACUACCGACCCCUUGUAGAUGGAAAGGACACCAAGAGCGGCCCGGGGAUGAUGUCAUCAAUGAUGUCAUCAGGGGGACGUCAAGACCCACCAGGACAGCCUGCCUUCAGCUCCGACUACCUGUCUGGUCCUGUGAUGGGUGGGAGAACAGAUCAGUGGAGCCUGAACAAGACAAAGGACAGCAGCAUGCCUGACUCCUUUCUAGGUUUCUCUCAGUCUGGAAUGGGAGGGACCAUGGGGUCUGGCCUGCCACCGUUCCAGUCCAGUAUGAGCUCCACUUUUGGCCAGACCGGGAUAGGGUCAGCUAUGGACACCCAGAAGAGCUCAGGCUUGUUUGCUGUUGAAAACAAAACCUUCAGUAACAUCAGUGGAAGCAGUCCAUUGAAAACCAGUGAUGUGUUUUCUUCUGGUGGCCCAGGAAUCAACUCUGUGGAUCAUUCUACAGCUCCCAUCCUCUCUCCCAGUGGCUCAAUGGACGACAGCAGUCCCACUUCCUCCAACUCUGAACCCCUCAGUCCUGAGCGAGUGGGGCUUGGGGGCGAAGCUGGCAAACAGCAGCAGAGGCGGAAGAAGAAGAAGAGGAAAGGCCAUGACGAGGUCUACGACUUCUUGGAUAGCCAGGAGAACAAUAUUGGCCAAGCAGACAAGCAUGGAAUGCUGGAUAAGGGUGGACGGGAAGUGGAGGAUGACGAGGACGAGGAGGAGAACUGGGAGUGGGAGAUCAGAGAGAGUGGAGGAGGGGGUAGAGUGAAAGGCAAGAAGACUAAGAGUCGGGCAAGACUUCCAGAGGAGUGGGGAGCACCCCAACAGCCCAUCUCUCCCACGGUGGCUACAGGCACUCCUACUGGAGCUACAACUGCCAACUCUGAUCCUUCUGACUGCAAAGCUCCAAACAUCAACCCCAGCCCUAUUUUGCCCUCUGCCCCUGCACAAAUACCCACAAGUUUCACCAACCGUUCCCAUGCUAGCCUUGUAACAGAUUCCUCUCCACGUUCCUAUGAGCCAAUGUGUGUAGACGAUUUCCCUACAUCUGCUAAAGAAGGCCAAAAAGCAAAUGAAGAGAAAGGUUCAACCAGCAAACCUGAACCUAACAGUAGCUCAGUUGCCAGUGCUGCCAGCAAGAGUAGUGUAGCUGCAGAUGGUAGUCUAGCAUUGAUGACAGGAGACAAUCUGAGCCCAGUCUCACAGACCUUCUCUUUCCUGGAUUCAGUCCUCCAGACCCCUCCAGGCUCAACUCCUGACUCCCAGACCACUACUCCUAUCACUAACACCCCGUCCCUUGCUACUUCCGCCCUGACAAAGUCCACCCCGACAGAAACUGUUGCCCCUCCUUCACAAGCAAAUUCUGUUUUCAACCCCUCAAAGAGCACUCCAGACAUUCCUCCUACUUCUGCUUUGUUCACCAGCCCAUCUCCCUCAGCUGUCACAAGCACUUACCCUGCGACACUUGCAGCUGGAUCAGCCCUCAAUGUUGAUGCCAAGCCUUUCGUCCCCUCAGCUAUCCUCAUGUCCUCCACAGCUACACAAAGUUUGACUGAAUCUGUCCCUGUCAUUAUCCCAGCAGCAGCUUCCACAGGAUCCACUGCAUACACUACCACCUCAGCCAUGCCCCUUAGUUCCUCAGCUUCUCCCUGUAAGGCCACUCCCACAUCACUACCCGACACUCCCCCCAAAACGGUAGCCACACCAAUUAGCCAAGUGACAACCACGCCCCCUCCUUCCAUCACCCCUGCAGCCCCUCCUUCUCUCCCUGCACACUCAGAGCACCUGGAGUCCUCGUCGUCAAAGCUCCCCCCACUGGAAGUGAAAUCUGACAACAAGGACAAGCAGGAGAAGACAGACAUCAUGUCCAGCAAGACAGACAAGAUCGACACCUUGGACAAGAAAGAGAAAGAUGAGCAGCAGAAGAAGGACAACGGCCCAGACAAGAACCAGAAGUCUGAGAAGAUCGUCAAAGACGAGGAAAAGAUGGAUAAGAUGAAUGCAGAGAAAAACAACAAGGCCAACGAGAAGGCGGAGAAGGUGGACAAGCCAGAGAAGACCAACAAAGACGAGAAGAAGGAAGAGGAGAAGAAACCGGCCGAGAAGAAGGAGGAGAAGGGAGGGAAAGCAACGGCUAAGUCCCCAACAGGCAAUGGCAGCAAGACUGUGACAAGUCCUGACAGCAAGAGCAAGCCUGACGCGGGUUCUACUAAACCAAACUCAGCCAAAACCCGCCCACCCACCCUCUCCACCAAUGGUGAGGCCACCUCGGCCAAACGCCCCUCCCCCACCACAUCCUCAGCCAAUAAAAAAAGUCCUAUACCCAAGGCAACCACACCCACAGCCGCCAAGCGGCCAUCAACAGCCAAGGCUGCCAUGACUCCAGAAAAUGGUACAGCUGAGAAACGCUCACCUGCGCCAAAGGCCACACCCACUCCCCGUGCAUCUGCCAAUAAGAAUGGCUCCUCUGCAACUGCUGCAAAUAAAACUCCUGCGAACAAGAGUGACAAGGCCGAGAAUAAGACCGGAGAGCCCAAGAAACCCAAGAUUACAGCUCGUCCCCGCCCAGCCUCCUCCACCACUCCUGCUACUCCAGCUGCCUCCACUAACGGGGAGGCCUCCACUCACCGCCGCCGGGUCAUCACCAAACCCCCCGUGCCCAAGCAGACCCCAAUGGAGAAGAAGCCGCCGGUGCCCCGCGCUCCUCGAACCCCCCGACCCAUCAACGCUCCGACACCUGACCUUAAGAACGUCCGCUCCAAGAUCGGAUCCAUUGACAACAUCAAAUACCAGCCUGGUGGAGGAAAGGCCUCCUCCACCCAGAACAACAAGGCAUCAGACCCCUCCACCCCUGCCGCCAAGGCCAGAGUUCAGAUAGUGCACAAAAAGCUGGACUUCAGCCAUGUCACGUCUCGCUGUGGCUCCAAGGACAAUAUCAAACAUGUCCCUGGAGGUGGCAAUGUGCAGAUCCUGAAUAAGAAGGUUGAUGUGAGCAAGGUGACGUCCAAAUGUGGCUCUAAGGACAACAUCAAAUAUAAGCCAGGUGGAGGUGAUGUGAAGAUUGAUUCCCAUAAACUAAACAUUAAAGCCAAGUCUAAGGUUGGAUCUAUGGACAAUGUGGGGCCAGGCAAUGGACAGACCAAUGGACACAAGGAGGAGAAAACAGAGGAGAAGACAUCUUCACCCCCAAGUGGUGCUCCAACAACAGGAUCAGCAGGUGUUGCUAAGGCAACAGCACCAGGAGGUGUUGCUAAGGAGAAUGGGGUGAAGGAGCCCGCACCUACUCCGUUUGGGGGAGACGGACUGAGGGAGCCCCUUAGCAUAGACAAACGCAUCACUGAGACAAAUUGAGUCCCAGUGACAUGUAGAUUUCGGUGGGACACGCAUGGCGCUUGCCGACCUGCCAAUCAACCGACCAACCAACCUACCACGGUGCAGUCACUUCCCUCUGGCCCCGCCCUUCAUCUCGCCCACCGCAGCACCAAACUGACCAAUCGCCUCACAGUGUUUCUCUGGGGCCCGCCUGCCAGCUUCCUGCUACCAACCCUGACCUUUGACCUCCUGACGCCCAUAGGUCGACCUUUGGCCCUGCCUACCACAGAGAAGAGUGCUUUCUGUUUGUCUGUGUUUCUCUGUGUGCGGUUCCACCAGCUUCUCAACUGAUAAAAUUCCUGUGUGGGCGCUUAUUUAAAGGACUUCAACCUCAAAACCCUGAAUCUAACAACCCCAAUGCAAUAAAUUCACUAUAGUAGUCAGUGCUUUAUGGAAGUACACUGAAGACAGUCAGUUUUUUCAUAGAAUAUUUCCAUAAAUAGUCAUAGUCUCAUUACUGUUUUAACACUUGUCCUUAGAGUGUAAACACCCUGCCACAGUUUUUCAUGCUAAUCUAUGGUCCCUCUUAGAGGCCUUUACACUUCAAAACCACUUUGCUCUCCCAGCCUUGUUAACAGACCUAUACGAAGACUUCUAUUUGGUCCACCUCCAUCUACCAUCCAGACCACACUAACCAGCAGCAGGGCAAAUACUGUCCAGUCUGCUUUAAAUCAACACAUUCCAGCCUCCCAGUCAGCCGACAAUUAUUUCUAGACCUACAGUAUCUACAGCUCACUCAUCAAACAAUAUCUCCCAUUACAUCUCUUGGUAUAAUUGCAUCAGUUUGUCUCCCCCAACUAUAUUACAAUAAUGCUUCUUUAUCUCUGGACUAUUAAUGUCAUGAUGAUAACAAUUAGCAGUGAUGGUGCAGAGGACAGGAGAAACAGUUGGAGGAGUGAGGAAAUAGAUCUCAAGAAUGGAAACAGAUCUAAAGAUAGAGUUCAAAAUCAGUGCGGAAAGUCACUGCAGAAGCUGUUGGGAUCUUUUGUGUUAUGUUUAAAGAAAAGAUGCAUUCUUUGACAGUACUUAUCAGGAGAUAUAGAUGCAACAACAAACAAAACAACUUACUAUAGGUUGAAAGAUUUAAUGACGUUAUAAGUGCGUGACAGUCAUCAAGAGAGGUGGGUGUAAAGUGUUGAUGGCGGAGCUCUGUUGCUUCUCUUGGUAUUCUUGGCUCAAAAAGGAUUUGGCACUGCAGCACAAGUUUUUGAUGUUGAAGCCAAUUAUUUUUUAAGCAAAGAUCAAAGUAUUUGACCUUGAAGGAGCGAAUACAAAUUCAAGCAGAACGAGCGAUCUCGAACAUGAGUAUUUACCUCUCUGAUAACUGCUUGCUGCUGCUGCACCGUUUAGUCAAACGAUAUUAAGCAUUAAUGCACUGUAUAUUUUAUGUAGCACUUUUCUAAUUGUGGACCACAAGCUGCAGUGUAAAGACCCCGCUCUUCACACUUAAAAUGGGGGAAAAGUUUCACAGCAGAUUGUGUCGUUCUUUAUGGGAUCAGAGAGCAAAAUGUAGGACGCUAUCGCAGAUUAUUAGCUGUGUUACACCAUCCGCUCCCUCAUCCUCUCUUCUAUUGAAGUAUACGCUACGCUACAAAGGAGGAAUGGUUCCCAGGCAGUUAUGAGACACGACCCGUGGUACAAAUACGUUUCUCAAUAAACUGUGUGAACAUAUUUUCCAAUUAACGACUGUGCUAACAAGCUUGCUAACUGAAAAUUAGCAGGCUUGCUAGCUUGGAGAGGUUUCUUUUGACCUCUUCAACAAGUGAAUGAAAGAAUCUUAGUGGUUAGCUACAGUAGUUCACCAAUUAUCCCCAUGUCAUCAUGCCACUUUCUGGUUUGACUGGGCCUUGAUUCACUACAACACAAUAUUCUUUCUUUAUCUGGAUCCCCAUUAGCUUCCACAAAGUGGUCGGUGGCCUUUCUGCAACACAAUACUUUGAAUGCAUGUCAGCACAUCAGGGUACGCACAGGUCUGUAGACUACUUUAUCUACUCGUGGGAAAAUCGAGUGGAAUAGCACUACUUAAUAUUACUUAACUGGUCAUAUUCUGCUCAUGAAACUGAACCUGUAACACUUUGAUUUAGACUAGCCUGGGUCACAUGGUCUUAGAAUAAGUUCACAAACUAUGACGGAUUUUUUGCAUGUGCAGUUCGGGUUGAUGAAAGUUAGAGAAAUGUUUUUGAAAAGCACCUUAAGUAACAUUAUUCAUUGACUAACAAACCAUUAACUUUCAUCACUAAAUAAGCUCACAUACUUAUAUGUCCGGCCCUUUGUGUGGCUUUUGAGGGGUGGAAACUGAAACCUUUUAGUCUUAAUCAAUAAGACACAGCACAUGUAACCCUGUUCUGCUGCACCAUAACUCUUUUGGUUCCCUCACUGUCUAAUCCCAGAAACCUCCCAUGUGUCCCACAAUGCCGCUUAUACACUGCUGUGAGCGACCCCACGAGUCACCCUGAGCUGUGUCUAGCAUUUACAGUUCACAUGUGGCUUUUAGAGACAGACAGACAGACAGACAGACAGACAGACAGACAGACAGACAGUACCAUCCUUCUCUCGCGCAUGUGGUACUUCCUGGUCAUGUGGUUCACCCCAGUGGAGAGGGCCACACCCUCUUUUAAGUCCUACCCACUAGCCGGUGUCUUAGAAUCCUCUCUGUGAGACGUGGUAACUUUGUUCACACACAAACACACUUACACAUAAGCACAUAAGUUCUAAACAGGAAAGCACACACAAGCUUGUUGGUGUGCAUGAACACAUACACACAGACAAACAGAAAUCAGCACAUAUAUAUAUAUAUUAUAUAUAGAUACUCCCUGAAAUAAAAACGGUUUGCUGUUCAUUGAAACGUUUCUCUGUUCUAAAAUGAAACCAACUCUUUCUUGUGUUUUGGUGGUCUAUGCUGAUAUUGUUAAAACAAUGAUGAGCUGUGUCGGUGUGUUGUUCCUAUCCUAGUCAUUGUCGGACAUUUUCAUCAUAGGCUCACCUCAUCCUGCCUCUUUCUCGUCUGUUUCCUCUACUCUCUGACAGCAAUACAGUGAUCUUAGUUGGAAAACGUCUCCUGUUAACCCACGCAUACACAUGACGUACAGACAGAGAGAGAGGGAUGGACAGAGACCGAGAACAACCACAGAGGCUAACAGGUAGUUAAGAGAGGAACGAGUUCACUCGCAGGAAGAGCUGUCGGUUAAAGGGAAUAAUGUUACAUUCAUGGCAAGCCUGAUGAUUUUUUAAGUGAUUUACUGACUUACUAGAGACUGUCUAACAGAUUAAAGUCAGAGCUACUACCACGCCACUUGAGGUGAGUACUGCACAGUAGCAGAUAAUCAGGUUUUUUGUCUCUAGCUUUUUACUCAUUAGCUGUAAUGUAAAUAGAUGGAAGUAAAUAGCUUUUUUUUUUAUUCUUUUUCCUAGACAUUUUUGUUCAGCAUUUUCUUAUUCUUAUUUUGUAUAGGAUAUCACUGGAUUAAAAUAUUACAAUUCUCAAAGGUUCAAAAAUUCUGAACACAUUAUUUUACUUACUUACUCAUGCCAUGAAUGCAGCAUUAUUUCAGCAAAGCAGGCCAAAAAACGGCCUGCAAAUACUGUAGCUGGGACCGUCUAGUGGUGUCUGUAUGUAAAAUAUAAAUCCACAUUUUAGGUGAUAGAAAUGGAUUGGUCGUAAUACACCCAAAAAAUCAAAAUCAGUGGUUGAUGAGAACCUAAAGAUGUAGGGAACAUUAUUUUUGGCAUUUUAGACUUUAUGAAAACACUGUGAUGUGACUUUAAUUUACAGACCAAAAGGCAUUGUUAUGUGUCACACCAGUAAAAUGAGUAGAAGAAGAAUGCCCUGUCUACUCACUGUAAUUCUAUGCAUAGUGCAUUAAAGGCUGAGAUGGUCUCUGCUGAAAUCAUGAAGGAUUAGUGACAUGUUUGUGGGGUGUUGCCGUAGUUGUCAGAUGUGUGAAGUGUUGCUACUGCAUCCAUCCUGUAGAGAGCGCUGCUUAGCCUCUGGAACACUGAUAGUCUGGCUCUGAGACUUAUAGGCUGAAUGAGAAACCUUACAUCACCAGAAGCUUCAGUAGACUUACAUACUGUUCUCAUUUAAACUAGCUUUGAUGGCCACACUAUAUAAUUGUGAGUUUAAUACUAAAUACUAUGAAAAUCGUAUUAAUGAUGUACAGUUCCCCUUAAAACUCAAAAGUCUUGUGCACUUUGAACACAGUCUUGUUCAUUUAUUGAUGCACUAAAGUGAUAUAAAAGUUGCUUUACUGUAUAUUGGUAAAACAUUGUCAGCUGUGUACUGUACAUGUGUGCUUUUGGGAGCAAAACAGUCUUGGUAGUUAUAUAAAGUGAUCAAAUAGUCAACAAUAAAUACUAAAGAAGUAAAAUCAACGUAUGAGCAUAUUUAAUAUUGUACUGUUCCCUCCAAAUCAUUCCCAUGAGUUGCCUAAAAGCAAAACACGAUACAUGACAUAUGUGUGGAUCAUAUGUGAAAACGAUAAUGUGAAUCUUUCUUCGAGAAUAGAAGAACAAAGGGAUGAAAGCACUUUGAUAGGUGUAGACAAUGGUUUGUGUAUAUAAAAUAGGAGCAAGUUGUAGUCUUAAUGUGGGUUGAAAGCUCAGUGUUAGCGUGUGUUACCAUUUAAUGGGAUGAGCUGAUGUUGUGUAUCUUGGAUGACACGUCGGUCCCCCUUUAUCUUGGUCAGCUUAGAGGAUUUUAGUAGAACUUUGGUUAUCAGUGUUGUACUACUGGCUACGAUGGUUUAACACUCAACUCUCCAGCCUGCUCUCAUGUUGUUCCUGUCAACAUUCACUGGUUAUUACUGUCUGACCAAGCUGCAUAGUCACAAGUGUAGAAGUUUCUGUUUAUGGUCGGUUGGAGGACCAUAGUAAACUUUGAAAAGACUUGCUUUGACAGGACCCCUUUUAGCAUGCAGUAUGUUAAGUAAAUGUAAUGUUAAGUAACCUGUAGCAGUUCAUUGCAUGGGUAAUUUAUUUUACUGAGAGGCAUCCAAACCUGUGAGGUUUGUUCCACAACCUGUAAAACAGACAUAAGAGAGCAAACAAUUUUAAGACACUCAUUGUGAAUGAGUGAGGUCAGCUGGACAGAUAAAGUUUUUGAUGAUUUAUGAAUUUACAUGUCAUAAAGAAAAAUACAAAGUUACAUUAGAAAACAUUACAAAGUUCGUCCAUCAGAAAAUGUCCUGCCCGGUGCAAAGCUUCAUCUUUAGUAAACAAAUUGAAGGAAUCCUUGUGAAAAGUGUUUGUUUAUGAUAUGUGUUUAUCUAUAAAAACAUCAUUAUCACAUUUCUAAAUAUCAAGAUUUCUAAAUAACAAUCUAUUGGUCAGGCUUUACUUUACAUACUGUAUGCUAAAGCAAUAGCACAUAAAGCUAGCCAAUAGAUAAUUAUGUAGUAAAACAAUUAAAAUGUAUUAUAAUCACAGAGAAUUUCAUCAGGUUUCAGACUAGCUUUAUGCUUUUAGUACUUAAUGGUAACCAGUGUGGUUCUUUGUGGAAUAAAGUUAAUGUUGCAGCUUUGCAGCUUGGACAAAAAGGUCAAAUAACCAGAGUGACUGAUGUCCAUUCACAACCGUUUGAUUCCCCAGUUAUCGUGCUUGAAUGCUGUCCUUCCACUAGUGUCUCACACUGUCCCUUGUAUAUAGUUUCCACCAUGUUUUUAUCACUUCAGAAGUAACUCAAAUAAAUUAAAAUGAAAAAAAGACAAAAAAAUGUACUUCUUAACAGGGUGUUGUGGAUGUUGACAGAUAAGCUUUCACGUUCAUAAACCUGUUGCUGUUAAGGUUAAUAAUGGUAUUAUUAUAUGAUUGAAAGCAUAAAAAAGGAAAAGUGUACUUUUUCCUGUUUCAGAGUCUGCCUUUUUUCCUCCAAGAAUAGGGCUGCUGAAGUUUCAAGAAUGUUUUUAAAAUGUAUUAAAAAAUGCAAGAUCAUGAAUACAUGUAUGAGGUUUGUCUCUGUUCUGUUUUGGAAGAUAGAUUACAUAUAGAAACACUGUUUACUGGAUUCAAAGUGACGGAAAGGGAGGCAGUGUGUGUUUGGUACGGUCUGAUACAUGACUCAACAGAAGUAUUACAGACAGAAAACCUAAAUCACAGAGAACAAAAUAACACACUGCAGAAUCUCAUUGGUUUAAAACGCACUACUGUACAUGUGACACCUGACACUCACUGGUCAGCCCUUUCUCCCGCCUCCUGCCACCCCCCUGUUAGACUAAACUGAUUUAGUCUUUUGGCAUGUGGUAAAAAGUAAUGUUAUGUAUUAGCAGCUCCUAUAUAGACACCUUGACAUACCUACCAACACAAGACUGAAUUAAGGGAUGUCUUGGACCAAAUUAUUUUCUCAGCGUCAACAAAAAAGGGUGAGAAUAAUUCUAAGAUUUGGCAGGUUAAAAAUCAAUGAAUGUUGAGCUCAAACAUAUGGUAAGUUUGAACUUGAAAUGUCCUUCCAAGAAAGGUAACUGGGAAAAAGGGUAAAUCCAGAAUAAAAAGGGAGUGUUGGUAGAUAUGCACCUGGAGCCCCUAGCUGUGUCUCCCACCUACAGAGGCUUGUCAACAUCACAGCACUGAAAAGCAGCUUAUUUUACUUGUGUCCUUUACCACAUAUGGAGCAAAUACCAGAUGGUAGUCCAGCAAAAACAAUGUUCCAACUGUUUGUUUUUCAAGGAGAGCACAAAUUAAGACUCUGUACUGCUUUGUGAAUAAGACAGGUAGGUUUAUGGAAGAUCUGUCCAAAUUUGCCAUUACAAAGUGAGAAGGUAGCAGGCAAAAUAUUCUACUUUUCAGUCCUGUGGAGUGGAUCCACUGUAGUGUGUGUUGUAUUAUUCUGUAGGGCACAACACCAUAGCAAGAGCAUGCAGAAGACAACAACAAACUGCUGGUUGUUAGAGGCAUCUGUCCUAUUAGAUAGAGCUCAUCUCCCCUCUUCAAUUCUGAAUAUUUGGUAUGAAAGAGAUGUUCAUUGUGAUUAAUUGUUAACCAGUGAUGUGAAUAUUAAUCAUGAAAUAAAAAAGAUGAGCAAAAUGCA